GCGAGACUCGCCAUGCGGCGACAAGUGCGGCUGACAAACGCGGACGUGUCACUGUCACGGAGCAAUUUGACGCGCGGUGAGGCGAACUGGGACUCACCCUCGUCGGUGAUAUCGUCGACGAAGCCCUCGGGAUCGCUAAAGUUCGGCUCCUCAUCGUCGUUCAUCAGAUCGUCGUUGCCUUUGGCGGUUUCCUCGUUCUGUGCCGCUUUCUCCGCUUGAGUUUUCUUCGCCAUCUUGGAAACCUCUGAACUCUCUGAGUCCGAGCGCACAAUUGCACUCGUACUCGUCCGCGAUACGACCGUAAAGGUUGUUUUACAACAGCGCGCUGUCAAUUGACAGUUGACAGUUGGACCGACCAAUCAGAGCGAGGCGACUUGUCAGCUGAUUAGUCAAUUGACAGGUGACAGUUGCGACUCGACCAAUCGGCUGACAGAUGUUUUGCUCUGAUUGGUUGGUCCAACUGACAGCUGUCAAUUGACAACGGGGCACUUCUAAUCUGUUGUGAAAUGACCUUUAAGGUUGCUUAUGGAUUUGUAGUCCUUGUAUUGAGUAAGAAAUAUUAUAUUUAAACAGUUUUGUAUAUGUAAAUGAAAAAAAGAGUAAUUUUUAUUACUUAUAAGAAAAUAAUUAGAGAUUUCCGUAUAAAUGGGCGAUUCUCUGCGACGAGAGGUUCUGCGAGUCUUUAAACAACUUCAUAGAACAAGAUUAAAAACAUUUGCAAAUGAUGAUCAUGCAUUGCAAAUUGUAAGAGAACAGAUAAACAAUGAAUACAGAAAAUAUAAAAAUGUUACAAACCAAGCAACAAUUAAAGAGUUGAACAAGUUUGCACAGGAAGUUGAACAUGAGGUGCGAACGACUGUUAUUCAGGUAGUCGAAACGACACCUGGAAGAGUAGUGAUAUGCAUUUCAGCCCUGCGACUCACCCCAGAUGUUUUAGUAGACAAUGUACCAUAUAAGGAGCAAAAAAAUAACAGUUCAAAAAAAGAAAAAACUCAAAGUUGCGAAAAGUGUACGACAUCCAAGAAUACGAAACAAUGAUUUCUUAAGGCAAUUGAAAAUUAAAGUUUAUUAAAAAUAAUUUACAAUUAUAUG